UACCAAGCCCUCAGAGGGGGAAAAAAACAGGGGCACCAGGAGGGAAGCUGCGGGAGAGCAUGAAGGGAAAGAGAGGAGGAGCCGAGGAGCAGUUGCCUUGAAGACAGAGGAGUGUCUGUUCACUGUCAGUAUUGCUCUCGCGCAGCACCCCAUGUGAUGGAUGUACUAUUUGGCAGAAAUAAGAAAGAACAACUGGAGCCUGUGAGGGCCAGAGUGACAGGCAAGAUUCCAACAUGGCUUCAGGGAACCCUGCUUCGCAAUGGGCCUGGGAUGCAUACAGUGGGGGAGACCAGCUACAACCAUUGGUUUGAUGGCCUGGCUUUGCUCCACAGCUUCACCAUUAGAGAUGGUGAAGUCUAUUACAGGAGCAAAUACCUGAGGAGUGACACCUACAACGCCAAUAUCGAGGCAAACAGGAUUGUGGUGUCAGAGUUUGGAACAAUGGCUUAUCCAGACCCCUGCAAAAACAUAUUUUCCAAAGCUUUCUCCUACCUGUCCCACACCAUCCCAGAUUUCACAGACAACUGCCUGAUUAACAUCAUGAAGUGUGGGAAAGACUUCUAUGCAACCACGGAGACCAAUUACAUCAGGAAAAUCGACCCACAGACUCUGGAUACUCUGGAAAAGAUUGAUUAUCGCAAAUAUGUGGCUGUAAAUCUGGCAACAGCACACCCUCAUUAUGAUUCGGCUGGAAAUGUUCUCAACAUGGGCACAUCCAUUGUGGACAAGGGGAAGACAAAAUAUGUGAUCUUUAAGAUCCCUGCCACAGCACUGGACAGGACAGAGGGAACAAACCCGCUGAAGCACACGGAGGUGCUCUGCUCCAUCCACUCCCGCUCCCUCCUCAACCCAAGCUACUACCACAGCUUUGGGAUCACUGAGAACUACAUCGUUUUUCUUGAGCAGCCCUUCAAGUUGGAUAUUCUCAAGUUGGCAACUGCGUACAUCCGGGGAGUGAACUGGGCUUCUUGCCUAACUUUCCACAAGGAGGACAAGACUUAUAUUCACAUCAUCGACCAAAAGACUAGAAAGCCUGUGUCCACCAAGUUUUACACGGACCCUAUGGUGGUCUUUCAUCACGUCAAUGCCUAUGAAGAGGAUGGCUGCCUUCUGUUUGAUGUCAUCGCCUAUGAGGACAGCAGCCUCUACCAGUGUUUCUACUUGGCCCACUUAAAGCAAAACUUCAAAGAAAAUUCCAGGGUCAUCUGUGUCCCCACCCUCAAGAGGUUCGCUGUGCCCCUCUGUGUGGACAAGAAUGCAGAAUUAGGCUCAAAUUUAAUCAAACUGACAUCUACAACAGCAAGAGCCCUGAAGGAAAAAGAUGACCAAGUCUACUGCCAGCCGGAGUUGCUUUGUGAAGACUUAGAACUGCCUCAGAUCAAUUACGCUUGCAACGGGAAGCAAUAUCGAUAUGUCUUUGCUGCUGAAAUUCAAAGGAGUCCCGUCCCAAACAAGAUGAUGAAAUACGACAUUCUCACGAAGUCAUCCUUAACAUGGGAGGAGGAGCACUGCUGGCCGGCGGAACCCUUGUUUGUGCCCACGCCAGGCGCCAAAGAUGAGGAUGAUGGAAUUAUCUUAUCAGCCGUCAUCUCUUCUGAUCCCCAAAAGCCACCUUUCCUGCUUAUUCUGGAUGCCAAAAGUUUUGCAGAACUGGCUCGUGCAUAUGUUGAUGUAGACAUGCACCUGGAUCUCCAUGGGUUAUUCAUCCCAGAUGCAGACUGGGACCGGAGGAGGCAGGCCCCUUCCCAGGAAGUCCAGGACAGGGCCUCAGACCACCAUGGGGCCUCACCGACCUGACAGGCUUGAACAGUCCCGCUGGCAGGCUCUCACAGCACACAGGUGUGAUCCCUCAUAAAAACCUUGUUUGCGAGUUGAUCAAAUGUUACUAAUCAGCUCUAGCAUUUCUAAGAAAGCCCUUCUCCUAUAAAGACCAUGAUCCUGAAUCAGAAAUUAUGUUGUCACAUAUUCAUCAUUCUUAGAAUGAGCAACCACUGACAGGGGAGAGGCAGAUAAACAUUUAUCAUUGCUCCUUCCUCCCUCCCCUUUUCCCCCUUCCCUCUCUCUGUUCUUUCCAAUAGGCCAGACUGUGCACCUGGGCGUUCCAGCUUUCUCAACCAUGCCCUGUCAGUAAAUUAUGUGGCCAGCUUUGUGGUCAUUCCAUGCAAGGCAUGACGUGAUAUAAAAUAAUAAAAACUUUAAAGUCUGUUCAGACCUUAUUUUACUUUUACAUG